AUGCCCUCCGACACUCCUCAAGAUGGCAGAUCUAAACCUCAACUAGCUCGAUCCUUUUCUAUCAUACAAGCUCACAAUGAGCAACGCUCGGAGCUCUUGGAUGUUCUUUCUGAUGUUAAAACGAAAGUUCAAGAUCGACUGGGGAUCGUCGACUUCCCUCUGCCGCAGUUCAUUUUAAUUGGCAAGCAGUCUGUUGGCAAGUCUCGUCUUAUCGAGGCUCUUGCGGGCGAACAGUUCAAUUUCGUCAGUGGCACUAUGGGGAGUCGCAGACCAACUGUUUUGGAAUUCCGUAAUGUACAACAGAAUAAGAACUCGCGGUGGUAUAUUAUGGAUAAAAAGACUAACAAGUGGCAAGAACACCCUCUCUACGAAGUGACCCAAAUCAUCGGUGAAGCUCACGAGUCGCUCGGUGCGACAGUUACGGAUGAUCCUGUAUACGUUCGCGUGGAGUCUCCAUUUUGUGUGGAUAUGCAAAUUGUCGAUCUCCCGGGCUUCCGAGACUUCGCCCUGGAUAAGGAGAAGCAGCAGUUGGCUGACCAGAUCGACAACUUGGUUCAAAGGUUCAUGCAGGACACUCGUAAUGUGAUGAUAUGUGUGGAGGAGGCGGGUGACGCUGCGAAUCUGUCGACCUUGUCACGGUGCAAGCGGUUGGACCCGGGAUUUCAAAGAACUAUUCUUAUAAGGAACAAGCUGGAUAAGUACUAUCGAGAUUUAACCGCGCAGAAUGUGAACGACUGGUUAAACGGUUUUGGAGAUCUUCCGGAUAAUCUAAGUAAAUUUUGUAUGACAUUACCGCAUUGGAAGGAUAAGGAGGAAUGCCCUAAGCCGUUUGCGGAGCUGAGGGAAGAUAUGAAUAAACAGGAUGUGGCUCAGCUACGGUCUAAAGGAGCGAGUGAGAGAUUCGCGUCUACUAUUGGUUUUGAUAAUUUUACUAAGUACAUGGAACGCCGAAUUGAAGUGAUGUUUGCCCAGGCGAUCGGCCCUGUUUUGAAGAAGUUGAAAGAUUUGAAGCAACAGAAUUUGGAAAAGGAGGAGAGUAUGAAGGACGAAAUUGAGAAUACGAAUCCCGCGCAGAUCGUGUCUACUGUUCGCGACGUGGGCAUGAGUUUUGCCCAUUGUUUAAAUCACGUGAUGGAGGGUUUCGUCCGCUCGGAUGCUGGUAGGUUGACGUUGGAAGAUGAGCUCAUUGCAUUCGCUGCUUAUGAGGAGGGAGAAGGUGCGGAUUUCAUGAUGCUCCCGAGUGAGGAUUUUGCAAGUCUGAACGACUACAUCGACUAUUUGAGGAACGAUAUAAAAGUGCCCGCUUUUGAUGUUGAAAUUAACGGCGGUGCGCAAUUUCGGAGGCUGAUGUACGAAGUUGAAGUUUUUUUGAGAUUCUCGGAAAUCGGCGUGGAAACGAAAAAAAAGGAUGUUAUCCAAGCUCGUGGUGUAUCUAUGGGAUCGGUGACAUGGAGAGAUGUUGUUGUGAAGUUGUUAUGUACGGAAGCGUUGAUUCCAAUGAAAUCUAGGAUACAAUAUGCAGCGGAGAGAAUCAAGUGGUUUUUCAUAUCGCAGAAGGAUGCUGUUGUCAAUUUCAUGUUGAGCAUAAAAGGCUCGGCUGACGAACAAAUGUUUUCGUUGUUGUAUACGAAACAUGUGAAGUUGAUGUUGGAAAAUGAGAUGAUAAAACAGCUGGUGUACAAGACGUAUGAUGAUGCUUGUGCAAGGCAGCUCGAACAGUUUAUGGAGUUGUUCGAUAAUACUCUGGCGUCGACUUUUUCGAAUCCUUGGGUAUUUUUGAAACGUGGAUCUUCGGGUUUGGAGAAUCUCGAAAAUGAUGAAAGAGACGAUGGCGAUACUAGUUCGAGAAGCAGCAAACAGAAUGAUAGCGAUUCGACUGACGAUGGGUUUGAUGAUAUGCAGUUGCCAACUUUCGAGGAUACUAAGAAGAGAAUUCCUAUGGAAAUCGAGUCGCGUAGUGGCAUUGAAACAACACUGUCUCAUUGGUUGGGAAGGAUUCCGAUGGAGCCACAGCAGAUCGAUGAGGCUGUGGAGAAAGUGCAGAUGCUGGUGUUGAAGACCUUCUCGUUCAUCAGAUCGCAAAUAUCUGAUCAAAUUGAGCUGUUUGCUGAGUCCUUCUUCAAAUUGCCGAUGAUGCGCAGACUGGAAGACGAUAUGAGUAACAUACAGAUGACAAAUGUUGACACGGAAACCUACAGAGUUCGACGUGAAUAUCUUGAGGGCGAAUUUAAAACGAUCGAGAAGACCCUUGCGUCGUUGAAUGAGUGUAUUGAUAAACUGCAAGGAUUUGCUCUGAAGGCUCAAGCGAAGAUGAGGAUAGCAUUUACACUUCAUGACAAACCGGGGUCUCUGGUGGAGGCGUUGAGUAUCUUCAGUCGAAGGGGUAUCAGUUUAUCUCAUGUUAGCAAUAGGUGUUCCCCUUUGGAGCCGUACAAGGCGAUGUUCCAUGUGCAUUUUCGUGGCGCGUGGGAAUCGGCGAAGACUCGUGAGGUUUUGGAAGAACUGCGUCCCCUCACACUGGAUGGACAACUGUUCAAGAUAGCAGCUCCAGAUGUGCCUUGGUUUCCGAGGCACAUCAGCGAUUUGGACCAAUUUUCGAAAAGCACUCUCGAUGCUGGGGAUCAACUCGAAUCGGACCAUCCAGGAUUCACUGACCCAGAAUAUCGCGCUAGGCGUGAAGAGAUAGCAAAAGUGGCGUCAAAGUACAGAGGGGCGGAUGGUCCUGUACCACAGAUUGAAUACACAGAGAAAGAGGUUGCGACCUGGGGUUACGUUUGGGACGAGCUUACUAAACUCUAUCCUAGGCAUGCUUGCAAGGAACAUAAUGAUGCACUGCAGGCUCUUACGGAAGCCGGGAUAUAUGGACCUCGGAAAAUACCCCAGCUGAACGAGUUGUCGGACUUCGUGUCGGCGAGAACAGGAUUCCAGUUUCGGCCGGUCACAGGGUUGCUCAGUGGUCGAGACUUCCUCAACGCUCUGGCAUUUCGGGUAUUCUUCUCGACACAAUAUGUAAGGCACCAUUCAGUGCCCAUGUACACUCCAGAGCCUGAUGUUAUACACGAAUUACUUGGGCAUGCGCCGAUGUUCCUCAAUCCUGACUUUGCCGAUUUCACUCAGUACAUCGGCUUGGCUAGUUUGGGUGCCAGUGAUGACGUUAUCAAGAAGCUAGCGGCAUGCUAUUGGUUCUCGGUAGAGUUUGGGUUACUCAUUGAUCUCAAGGGCGCUGUGAAAGCUUAUGGAGCUGGCGUGCUCUCAUCUUAUGGGGAGCUCCUACAUUCUACUUCGCCGACUAAUCCUAGUAUAUCUAUAAAACCCUGGGACCCUGAGGAAGCUGCUAAUGAAGAGUACCCGAUCACUAAAAUGCAACCGGUGUAUUUCGCAGCGAAGAGUAUGGAGGAUGCCAAGAUACAGAUGAAAGCGUACUGUGAUAGAGUGAGUCGGCCCUUUCACUGUGUGUACGAUUCGGAGUCACAAAGCGUCUUCACUGAUGUUGAUGUCUAUACAAGGCCAGUUGCGAUGAAAUACAGACCCGUGGAUCUCUCCUUACGAGAGUCUCUCUGA